GGGUUGUGGUGUGGCGCUGAGAGGUUCGCGGGCAGUUCUCUGUUACAUAGUUGUCUCGGCGGGAAUUUCAAUGUUCUCACAAACCUGUGCAUGAUUCAAGGCUAAGGCUUACACCGUAUAACAUUCCUUUGAAAGAAAAGCCGAUCGUGGGUCUAUUGAUAUAUAUAUAUAGAUAUAUAUUUUGAGUGACUAAUGUGGAAAAAAUAUAAGUGAGCUGAAAACAUUAUUAUCCAAUAACCGGUUGCAGCUGCGGAAAGUAUACUACAUUAUACUUUCCCACUAGAACGUUCUGGGAACCACUAGAACGUUCUUUCUCGUUGAUAUAUCACACCACUUGUGUUGGUGUUUAGUAUAUUAUAUUAGAUGAUUGAAACUGUCUUGGUGCAUCAUACUCAAAACAUAUCAAUCUUGAAUAUACAACUGGAAUUUGAAGAAUCAUCAACCAGUCUGUGAAACACCUGAUAUUCACCAGCAAGUCUUCAGACAAAAGGUGUUGGUGGGGUCGGAGUCGCUCACCAUGAGAGUAAAGAUGGUGAUGAUGGUGAUGGUGGUGAUGAUGGUGAUGAUGCCUGGUUCUCCAACACUCGCUAGCCAGGGCAUCGAUGAUUCGCUCUUCAGCUAUUACUGUUGUGUGUUCCAACACGCCUCGACCAUGUCCAGGGCAGAUCUGAUCACAUCCCUGAACGCCUUCAACGCUGAUGGACCAACUCUCCGGCGGUCAGUUCCCAACAACAAUGAAUGGAGUCGUAUCAUCAAUGUCAUCUCGACGGCUCUUAAUUGUAUUAAUAGUAACCACGAUGAUUUUGCUCGCCGGAUCCUCUCGGAGACUUUCUCAACUCCAUUAUAUACUUCCAUGAACUUGGGGUCGGAUCUAACUUACUGAUGGCGAUGUGAUGAGACUGCACUGGAUUUGCUUUGAUUAGGAGUUCCCAUGUAUUAAGUUUAAUAUAAAUAAUUGUGUGCCUUUCGUGUAGAUUAUUUUCAAUUGUUUGCUGUUUGGGAACAAAUGUCUGCUUCAUGACAAAUAUUUUUAAUAAAUGGUGAAUAAUGGAUAUCCAUCUAAUGUUUGCAAUGAGAAAUUUGUAUACUAAUUAUGUUGUAUAUUUAGCAAACUUUCUGUUGUUAAAACAUUUCACCUAUUUUUAGAAGAUUACAUUUCCUUAACACCUCUCAGACAGGGAUUUUUUAUUCACUUAAGACGAAGGCCAUUAUUAUGUAAGAAUUGAUCUGUUUGCAUUUAUUAAAUGACGAAGGCAUCAACAAUAUAAAUUGUUUAUUAUACUGGUUUUAUUA